AUGAACAAAAAACAUAAUAACAGCGCACAUUUUGAAAAGUUCCCAUGCACAACUAAUAUUCCUUACAGUGUUCAGAAUAACUUCAAUUUAGAAAAAGAUACAUUAAUAAAAAAUUUUGAAGAUAAGAAUGAACAUAUAAACAAAAAGAGUUUUAAUAAAAAUUUGGGAAACUUAAUAUAUAAUAUCUCAAAACUUAUAUUACAUAAUUCAAACAAUAACAAUUCUGACGGUAAUAAUAUUAAUAGCAAAAAUAGUGAUACUAACCAUAAUAUAACAAAUAACAAAAGCUCGAAUAAUAACACAACUAACCAUAAUACUACAAAUCAUAGCAUAACCAAUAAAAAUAUUACCAACCAUAACAUUGCCAACCCUAAUAAUAAUAAUCCUAACGAUAAUCCUAAAAAUAAUUAUAAGGAUAAAAACAACAAUAAAAACAACAAUAAAAAUAACAAUAAAAAUAAUAAUAAAAAUAAUAAUAAAAAUAAUAAUAAAAAUAACAAUAAAAAUAACAAUAACAAUAAAAAUAACCUUAAUAGUAAUAUUACAUGCAGUGAAUACAAUUUACUGAGUACAAAUAAAAAAAAUCAAGACAUCACACAAGCAUUAGGGGAUCAUAUAACAUCAAUCACAAUGAAUAAUAUAGAAAGUAAUAACUUUUUAGUUGGUGAUGAAAAUAAUGGUUUUUAUCAAAUUUUAAACAAUGUAGAUUAUAAUAAAAAGGAGAAGAAGAAGAAUUUUAUAAACAACAAAUGUAAUAGUAAUAUACAUAUGAAUAAUAUUGAAAACCAAUUAUAUAAUAAUGUUAAUAAUAUAAUUCCAAUGGUUUCAAAAAAUAAAUAUAAUUUAUUUACAAAUAACGAAAAUUAUAAUCAAGAGAAUGAUAAAUAUAAUGAAAAAUUAUUUAACAAUUCAGUUAACUUUUGUAAUAUUCCAAAUUAUGAACAAGAAAAGAAAAAAAAAGAAAUAGAAGGAUCAGAAAAUUAUAAAAUGAAUGAUGUAUCUCAACUUACGCAAAUGAAUUAUAUGUAUAGAAAUAUAGAUUAUUCUAAAGAAAAAGUAGAAGAAGAAUCUUUUGAAAAAAAUGUUGUAGAUUUUGAAGAAAAUGUACCUGAAUUCAUGAAUGAAUAUAAAUUAUAUAAUGAAAAAGUGAAACAUGAUAAUAUAAAUAAUCAAAUCAUUAAAGAAAUAAAAAAAAACAAAGGAAAUUAUAAUUUUAAAAAUAUUGUAAUAACUAAUAUUUUCCUUGGAAAUAUCCCACCAAAUAUCACUGAAGAAAGAUUAAAAAAUGUAUUAGAAAUAUUUGGAUAUAUAAUUCAUAUUGAAUAUAAAUGGUCUAUUGAUAAAUGGUCUUAUGCUUUUGUAUAUUUCAUUGAUGAAAAAUGUGCUAUUAAUGCUGUUAAUUUUUUAAAUCAGAAAAAGUUUUUUGAUAAUUCACCUAAUCAUAAAUUAAUAUGUUUUAUUGUUUCCAAACAAAUUCCUCAUCAAAAUACCAUGCAUUAUAGUAAAGAAAAUUUCUCCUUGUUAAAAGAUGGACCACCAGGCGCAAAUUUAUUUUUAUAUGGAAUACCCCUAAAAUGGACCGAAUUAAAUUUAAUACAGCUAGUAAAUAAAUACGGACAUGUUGUAGGUCUAAGAAUUCCGUAUAUCAGUAAAGAGAAUGACAAGAAACAAGGUAAUAGAGGUUUUGGAUUUGUUUCUUAUGAUAACAAAAAAUCAGCUAUAGAAGCUUUUGAAGAAUUAUCAAAAAUGUAUAUACAUGGAAAACUUUUAAAGGUUCAGUUAAAAAAUGGUGAAGAGCAUUUAUUACCUGCAAAAUUAAAAAACAUUUAUAAUACAAAUAAAAAUAAAGCAAAAGAUGUUACAAACCUGAAAACCGCACAAAGUUUAGUUAGUACAACGGAUACUUUAAAUACGUUUAAUUCUUUGACUUCAACCGAAGUAAAAAAGAAACUUAAAAAUAACAAGUGUUCAAAUAAUAAUAUGAAAUCUUCCGUUUUUAUUUCAAAUAAAAAUAAUAUAAAUAAUAAUAAUAAUAAUAGUACUAUAUAUAAUAAAGCUAAUAAUAGUAAUACUCAACAUCUUUCAAUUCCUGAUACGAAUAGCUCAAAAAGUUUAUUAGAAAACGAAUACAAAAAUAAGUUUCCUUUAAACAAUUCGAAUAAUUGUGAUUCCGUUCCUAGUAUAUAUCCAAAGAUGUUUACAAAUUAUUCGGAUAAAUAUGAUCUAAAUGUUACCACUGAAAAGCAUUUUCCUAUAUAUGCAUCUAAAUUACCACAAAAUAACGGCGCCAAUUUGUGUUUAUCAAAAGAAUUGAAUACAGGAGGAGAAUUUUGUUCAUAUACUAUUAAUGAAAAUAACUCAUUUGAAGGAAAAGAUACUAAUAAAAAGAAUUGUGGAAAAAUGUUAAAGGAAGCAGAUGAUAUUAAUAAAAAUGAAACAUUUUUUUUAAUUAAAGAAAACAGAGAAAAUAAAUAUAGUAAUAAUAAAGACAAUAAAGGGGAACAAAUAAAUACUCAAAAUGAUAUGGCGUUAUAUAAUAAUAUGGAAAGUAAUAUGAUAACUUAUAAAAAUAUGGAAGAAAAUAUGGUACCUAAUAAAAACAUGGAAACUACCUUUUCAUACUUUAAUAUGUGUGAUAAUAAUAAUAAUAAUAAUAAUAAUAGUAAAAGUAAUUAUAGUGACUCCAAAAAAGUAACUCCAAAUAGUAAUAGUAAUAGUAAUAGUAACAGUAGUAGUAGUAGUAAUAGUAGUAGUAGUAAUAAUAACCAUUUUGAAAAGAGAUGGGAUAAAAAUACCUGGAAAAAAACAAGCAAUAUACAAUCAGUAGAAGAAAAUAACAAACAUGAUAAUACGUUUUUUAAUUUUAUAGAUAAAAUGGAUACUACAAGAUGCCAAGGAGGAAAUAUAAGAAAUAAUAAGUAUUCAAAUUAUAAUUACAUAGAAGAGAAUAAUUCUGAAAAGAAUGAAUCAUCUAAAUUAAACAAUUUCAAAAACCAAUUUGGUGCAAACUCGAAAAAUUUGUUUUUUUUUAAUAAUUCAAAUGAAUCAGAAAAUUCAAAUAUUAAUAUGUAUAAUAAAUUUUUUGUUAAUGAAAAUAAUUUAUAUUCAGUAGAUGAAAAAAAUGAAAGACAAAAUAUACCUACAGAAAAAAAUAUUGAGCUAACUAUAAAUAGGAUAAGGAAUGAAACACCAUCAUCAUUUAAUGAAAAGACAAAAAAUAUAAGUUCCUUUUUAAAUGAUAUAUGGUAUAACAAUGGUAAUAAUAAUAUUAUUAUGUACAAUAAAAAUAGUAAUGUACAUGAUAAUAAUAAUAAUAAUAAUAUUAUUCAUAAUAGUAAUAGCAUGCAUUAUCAUAUAAAUGAUAUCCAUACCAAUAUGAAAAGAGAUAACUACGAGAAUAAUAAUAAGUGGAAUAAUAAUAUAAAGGGAAAUAAUUCAAAUGAAUAUAAUUAUAAAAAAGAAAACAAUAAUAAUAAUAAUAUGUUUUAUUAUAAUAUAAAUAAUAACAAUAAUAAUAAUAAUAAUAAUAAUAAUAAUAAUAAUAAUAAUAGUGAGCAUAUAUCUGAAAUAGAUGUUAAACAAUUAAAUAAUAUUAUGGAAAAAAAGAAGGAAUAUUUAAAUGCUGUUUCUAAAGAAGAACAAGAAAAUUUGGAUGAUAAUAUAUCCAAAAAUGAAUAUAUGAAUGAUAAACAAAAUAAAACAACACAAUAUUUUAAAAAUAUGAAAAUUUUAUUUACAUUUUUAAAUAUAUAUGCAAAACAGAAUUCAUUAGAUAUAGAUGAUUUUUUUAAUGAUGAAAAAAAUAUGCACUUGUUUGAAAUGUUAAUUAAUAAGAAACAAUUUGAUAAAAAUGAUUUGGAAUAUUUAUUUAAUAUGUUACAAUUAAAAAAUAAUGAAAAGGAAAAAAUGAAAAAAGAAAUAUUAAAUCAUAAUGAAUAUUUCAAGGAAAAUUAUAACCAUGAUAAAAUAGUAUAUACAAAAUCAAAUACCAAUAUGCUUAAUAUGAAUUAUAACACUCCCAAUAGGUACCAGCAAGGUAAUAAUAUUAAUACUAAUCCUAAUGUUGCUCAAAGGAAUGAAAACAACUAUUAUGGGAAAAAUAAUGAUGCACCAUAUGAUUUAGAUAUAAAUAACAUAAUAUAUACAAGUAAUAAUUUUACAAAUUUAGAUAAAUAUGAAAAUAGCAACUUCAAUAUGGAAAUAAAAAAAAUUAAUGAUAUGAAUGCAUACGAUAAUAAGUUUAUACCAAAUGUUCAGAAUAAUGUCAAUAAAUAUAUGUAA